GGAAAUUUGAAAUUGCUGUAAGGCUCAGAGUUAUUCAGGGAAAGGUUUUGUGGAUCCAGUAGACAAAAGUGCGGCCGUUUUUGUUAACCACGCAUUUCUUAUACCGCGAAGAACAAGAUGGCUGCUGCGGCGGGGUCACCGAGUAGGGGCGCCGCUUCCGCGACUGUCUCAGUAACGUACGAGCGAGAGUGCAGAGAAAUACUCGAGACCGUUUAUGAGGGUCUCGACGGUGGCUUCGAGACUCUCGAGUCUCUGAAGCGUAUGGGACCCACUGCGGGGACUUAUGGGGAGAUAACUUAUGCCGGCGUCGCCAAGCUGCUCCAGAAUCUCGAGAAAUUGUCAAGAGAACGCGACUCGCAGGAUGAACGUACUUAUUUGAGUCGCCGUCUUUUGUGGUCUAUCACCUUCUGCACGACCUUUACACGGAGGUACUUGAACGUGACGAGUAACAUUAUUUUCAUAAUGUUGACCAAUGUUGUAUACGACUGGUCUGCUACACCUGCGCGUCCACCAUCGAUAAGAAAAUGUUGAAUUGUUCCCUCUCUACAUUUUCUACUUUCCAACACAGCGAGAGUUAUAGAGAAUCUUUCGUGCGAGUGCGACCACUCAGGGGCAUAGAGUGCUUUCUCUACCCGAUGUCGCCUGCCUAGUAUAAGGGGACUUGCCCGACUGCUCCUUCAGGGAUCAUUAGUAGCGCUGAUGUCUUUUACGAUCUGGGAUGCGGUGUUGGGAAGCUCCUCAUGCAGGUGAUGCUCACGACGUUCGUGCGUCGUGUCGUCGGGAUCGAAUGGGGUGAGGCAAGGCAUCGCAAAUCAGUGGAAGCGAGACAGCGACUGGCGGAACAAUUUUUUUUAUGCAGCUGAAGUAUAGAUGAUUAUAGGUGUACUAGUCGCAUGCGCAGGUCCAGCCUUUACGGCUAUCAGGAAAGAUAGCAACAGGGACGCACGCAUGCAUAGUUUAUUCUGCAGGAUUCCUGGGGUUGAGUCUCGGCACCCGCUCUAAAGCUCGGCACCAGUAAUCAGGAAGAUGCGACAACGCUUGCAGACCGAAUGGAACUCCGAUGUGAGGAUGUUGCAAAGACGGAUGUGAGCGACGCUACGCUAGUCUUUUUUUGCUGCGUCGUCUUCGAAGAGGAAGUUGUACUACAACGUCUUGAAAUUUGAAACGCUUCGAUGUGCUUGUGGAACCGAAAAUAUGACAAUCAACACUAGAGAUGGAAAAUGAGAUUUCCAUUCAAGGUGGAAGAACAUUCCUCUAUGAGGAUACAGAUAGAUAGAUGAAGCAAAAUGCAUAGACAUGUCUAUCUUCCCUCAACAGGUCCACCGUGUUGCUCAGCGUCUUCUGGAGGGAGCUACGAAACUCCGAUAUUUGAUGCUGACACAAAAACUGGCGAUUGAGGGCUUGCGCGCACCGCAGCCUUUCGCUCAAGAACGAAGGUUUGCGCUUGUAGACCGCUGGUGCCUGCCGAUGUCAUGGACCUCAGAAAACGGCGGCAAUAUGGUGUAUGUCUAUCGCCCGAAGCUGGAGAGAGCAGUAGUAUGACGAUGAGAAUAGAGUUGAAGGAGGGUGGCAUCGCAUAGUCUAGGUGUUGGUAUGCUCGAAAGUGAUAGACUCAAUGGAAUCGAAGAAGGAUGGCAAGCCAGGCUUGAUGCGAGACGAAGAAGAUCGAAGAUGCUUUAUUAGCUUGGUGAAUGGUCUACUGUGGGCUCUACCAUCGUGGAAA